UCAGCUAAAGUCACUGCGCUAUGAACAGCAAACAAAGUAGUAUUCAAACAACAACGCGCUAGUCAACUGCAGUUAAUAAGUUCUAAAUUUUUUCGCCAACACCUGCAGAGUGGACGGCUUAAGCAAGAAACGUUUGUCAUUAGCUUUUAUAUACGAUGCACUUGCCGUUCGCCGUCCCUUCUUUUGUGGGCGGAAAUGCUCUUUUAAAGUUCGACGCCUUGGUGUGAAGCUGUGUGCCCGGUCUAUCACUCUACCGCCAGGUGCCUUCAAAACUUAGCAGAUUUUGACGUCUUAUCUAUCAAGAGAAGUACCCUUCAACGUCAUCUUUGAUCAUGUGGUACAGCGUUUCAUCGCGACUGCCCUGCCGAGCUGCGGCAGCGGGAUACCGCCUUUGUCAGACCCAGGCGGCAAAGCCAGAGUGCGGCUCGCGGCAGCCGCGACUGUAUGGGCAGCCGACGGCAGCCACGCACCCGCACCUACUCCGCGAAGACGAGCUCACACCUGGCCUGACGCGCCAAGAGUUCGCAUACAGGCGGCAAAAGCUCAUCGAUGACAUCUUGCAGUUGUGUGCCUUCUCCGGCUCUCCUGGAACCAGGACGACGAAGAACCACGCAGUUGUCGUCCUCUCUGCAACCAAGGCGUACAUGUCUGACAAAAUACCCUAUCCAUUUCGUCAGAACUCCGACUUCUUGUACCUGACUGGUUUCCAGGAGCCGGACAGUGCUCUGGUUAUUCAUGCAAGCACAGAUCAACGAGAAUCAAAGUCGGUCAUGUUUGUCCCACAGCGGGAUGCACACGCCGAACUUUGGGACGGACCGUGUGCUGGUCCUCUCGGGGCUGUAGAUCUUUUGGGUGUAGAUGCAGCUUAUGAAAUAGGGGAGCUUCAAAACUAUGUCGACAAGCUGUUGAAAGCCAAGUACUCUACCACCCUCUGGUAUGACCGAGCAUCCAGUCGACCCGAAGCAAGUGGUAUCCUUGGGCGGCUUGCCGACAGUUACAAGAACAACGUGGCGGUAGAGUCCCCUCGGCUGCUCAUACAAAAGAUGCGGCUGAUCAAGUCUGAGGCCGAACAGCAGCUCAUGAAGCAGACCUGCCAGGUGGCGUGCGAAGCAAUGACGGAGGUGAUGCGGGCAUCUCACGCAGGUGUGACGGAAGCACAGUUGCACUCAAAAAUGGAGUUCGAGUGUCGUAUACGUGGCGCCCAACGACUCGCCUACCCACCAGUUGUUGCUGGAGGCGCACGGGCAAACAUCAUUCACUAUGUGGCCAACGACCAGCGUGUGCUGGAUGGUGAACUUGUGCUAAUGGAUGGAGGCUGUGAACUUCAUGGUUACACCAGCGACUUGACACGAACAUGGCCUGUGAAUGGCCGGUUUGAACCCGGCCAGCGGGAGUUAUACGAACUGCUCUGGGAUGUCCAGCAGCUACUGCUACGAAAAUUGGAAGGGCCGAUGUCACUGGAUGCCCUGUUUCACAUCAUGUGUGCCCAGCUUGGACAUCGGCUUCGUGAAGCUGGCAUUCUGUCACCACACACUCCAGACUCCGAGCUUGUGCAGGAAGCUCAUAAACUUUGUCCACACCAUGUGGGCCACUACCUGGGUAUGGACGUACACGACACACCCCUGAUUCCUCGCAGCCUGCGUCUUGCUCCGGGUUCCGUGCUCACCGUGGAACCAGGUAUCUACAUACCAGAGAGCAACACUAAAGUCGCCAAGAAAUUUCGUGGAAUGGGCAUGCGCAUAGAAGAUGAUGUACUCAUGACCGGCAGUGGACCGCAAGUGCUGACUGAGAGUUGUGCCCGAGAACCAGACCUGCUAGAGAAACUUGCCAGUGGUUUCCCUUCCUCCGAGGCGAAGAGAUGAGCACGGCACUCGUGACUCUCUUGAUGCGUGCCUGUUCUGAGAAGACGCCCAGUAGGACUCGUAGAAUUGCACCGACUCUGGCGAGAUACGCGGCUGGAUGAGCUUCAGUGCCGCUUCCAAGUGCCGACCCUCGAUGCAUGUGGCAUCGAUGUCUUCCUCGAGGGCGAGCAGCGCCGCUUCUUGGCAGACGGCCACCACCUGUUGAGUGACACCGGUGUACUGUUUUUAGACUUUGCACAAGUACGACUUCUUAGUUACGAAUGAAAAGUGCUGUCAUACAGGAAGUGCUAAUUAAGGUGCUAACAGGAAAGUACAAGCAAAAGUUGCUCAAAAAUAGCAUGCUGAAACGUUGCGAGCCGUGACAGAAUACCUUGGCAGAUAGUGUGACAAUCGUCAUGUCUUGCACCAGCAGCCCCUAGUAGGGCUCUACAAAUGCCCUUGAAGUGUCCUUGGCAGCUGACGUAACUGUCAAACUUGGGCAUGUGGCAUCAAGUUGAAAUAAUUAACUGUAUGGGAACUAUUUCUUAUUUAGCUGUUGGCAUUGAUCAAGCCUAAAAGAAGUAUGCCUAAAGGAGCUUUUAUCCUUUCUAUUUUGCAAAUUGACAAUGUAUUGCAGCAGCUGUGGCAGAUGUGAAAGGUAUGGUAGCACUUUUUCAGUGUCUGGAAGUUAACAAAAUGCAUAGUGCCAAAUGCCGCCACAAAAGCUUUAUCCUGUGUUUCAGCGAGUGACAAGAUUAAUUUUCACCAUAUAUCAUUAGCACAUCUUCAAACUAUAUAUAGCAUACUGCUACUCUGAUACUGUGCCUUUUAAAGAACUGCAUUUUUGCCAAUGAAUAAAAGCAGCUUUUUUUUUUUUUUUUCAGACCUUAAGUUACUA